AUGAUCUUCUCCCUCUUCACCGCCGCCUCUAAGGUGUUCUUCGGCUCACCGGAAUAUUUAGUCGGUGAUGACCAGAAAAGAGUGAGGUCAUCGUCGGAGGACAUGACGUUACCACCGUGUUGGGUUAGUUUCCGGUCAUCGGUAUCAUAUCGUCACUACGAAGCAAUUGGUACUUUUACUGGGAUCUACAAAGGAAAUGGCUCCGGCAUUAUAGAUGUUGUACGACUCGCUAAAUCACUUCAAGCGUGUCGAGCCGUGGUGAUUCGUAGUUGCAGAGAGCUCGAAGGUGAGUUCAUCGAUUUGUAUGUGAAAAUUAUUGGUAAACCUGUGAUUCUGACGGGGUUACUUCUGCUCGAAAAACCCAAUAAAACACGAAUCGUCACCGUUGACGACGGCGUGUUGAGUAAGAUCUUUGAAUGUCUUGAUGAACAGAAACCCAAGUCAGUGGUGUUCGCUGGGUUUGGAAGCGAGUGUAAACUCACCAGAGAUCAGACUUACGAGAUAGCUUCCGGGCUAGAGUCAUUGGAAUUGCCAUUUUUGUGGGCUCUAAGAAAACCCAGUUGGGCUUCCGACGAUCUCGACGCUCUCCCGCAGGAAUUCAAUUGCAGGAUCUCUGGCAGAGGCAAAGUCUGCAUCGGAUGGGCACCGCAAAUCGAGAUUUUGGGUCACCCAUCGAUUGAAGGCUCGUUGUUUCACGCCGGAUGGGUUCAGUGA